UAAUAUAUACACCUCACAAAAUUCUACAACGCACCAAAAUAGAGAUUGACAAAUACACACCAAAACAUGAAAAAUUUCAACCUCAAAAUCACAUUUCUACUAAUUCUAUGCUAUCUUUUGCCUCUUAUUCUACAUGCUUCAACUGCAGAAGGCCAAAACCUACUGCAAACUACCCUUAAAGAAAGCGACAGAAACUCCACCACCACCUACAAGCCAUGGCUAACAAGAAUCAAGAACCCUCGACUCUGGGGCUGCAAGCGGCAGCCAUGGAUCUGCAACGUGGACUACCCGAGGACACGGCGGCGCUGCUGCCGGAACCGCUGCGUGGACGUGAGCUCGGACGUGAACAACUGCGGGUGGUGUGGGAUCAGGUGCCGUUUCACGCGGCAAUGCUGCAGCGGGAUAUGCGUUGAUACAAAUGUAAACCCUUUCAACUGCGGAAGAUGCAAUCACAGAUGCCGAUUUCCUAGCUUCUGUGUUUAUGGAAUGUGCGGUUACGCGCAGGCACUGCCGCCGUUUCCUUUCCCUUUCCCGCAUCCUCCCAGACCCCACCCGCCGGUGAAGCCCUUCCCGCCUAAGGGCAGUGAAAGGAGGCGCUCUCCUCCGGUUCUCGCGGCUUCAUAAGUUUGUCUUAAUUUAUGUAUGUGUUUGAGAGAGCGAGACAGAUGCUAAUUAGUUUUCUAUUUAUAUGAUUAAUAAUACUCCUAUUUCACCUCA